GUCGUGUAUAAGAACUGUAUUGAUUCAAGCUGGACUUAACAGUAUAUGAAGACAAUGGGAAUUCAUAUUAACGCUCAGUGUUUGAGAAGGUACGUCCUGGUCAUUAUCUCAUUCUCUGCUGUGAUUCAUGCAUCGUUGGCUGUGAUCCACUACACUAUACCCGAAGAGCUGGAAGAAGGUACUGUAGUAGCAAAUCUAGCUACCGAUUUAGGACUAAAUCUAGAGACUCUGAUUCAACGAAAGGUUCGAUUAGAAGUCAUUGCAAAUCAAAAAUAUCUUGACAUAAACAAAGAGAAAGGGGAGCUCUUUAUAUUGAAAAAAAUUGAUCGUGAACAUCUAUGCCCUGCUAAGACAACGACGACUUGUUUUCUUAAAAUGGAGGUGACAGUUGAAAAUCCAGUGCGUAUAUUUUACAUUGAAUUAGAAAUAACUGAUAUAAACGACAAUAACCCCCAUUUUCGACGAGAUGUUAUUCAUCUGGAUAUCUUAGAAUCCACACCUGCUGGUGAAAGAUUUUCUGUGAGCAAUGCGGUGGAUUCCGACGUUGGCUUAAACUCGGUAAAAACAUAUUAUUUAAGUGAAAGUGAACAUUUUGAGAUAGAGAUACAGUCUGGGAGAGACGGUUCGAAAUUUGCCGAUUUGAUUUUAAAAAAGGUAUUAGACCGUGAAUUACAAUCUGUCCACAAUUUAAUACUGACUGCUGUGGAUGGUGGAGUUCCGGCGCGCUCAGGAACAGCUAGCAUCAUUGUAAGAGUGCAAGAUUCAAAUGACAACGCACCUAGGUUUGAUCAAGAGAGCUACAUAAUAAAUGUAACAGAGAACUCUCCCAUAGGAAGUCUCGUCAUUAAAGUAAAUGCAACAGACCUAGAUGAGGGCUCUAACUCUGAUUUGACAUACUCAUUUGGUCUGUAUACGUCAGAAAAAUCUCAGGAGGCUUUUAAAUUAAACCCUAAAAGUGGUGAGAUACGAGUUAAAGAAGUAAUUAAUUACGAAGAUUUCCGAAUUUAUGAUAUGGAGAUUAUAGCAAGGGAUAAUGGUAUUCGUGCAUUAUCAGGUCAGUGUAAAGUAACUGUUAUGGUUACAGACAUAAAUGACAAUUACCCCGAAAUUUCAAUACGAUCUUUUUCAAAUGCGGUUAAAGAAGACACAGCUGUGGGCACAGUUAUAGCAGUAAUUAGUGUAAGUGAUAAAGAUUCUGGAGAAAAUGGUCAAAUUGAUCUACACAUUUCCGAUGAAUUGCCCUUUUCGUUAAAAGAGUCAUCUGUCAACUAUUAUGAGCUUGUAGUAUCUGAAACUUUGGAUCGUGAAAAGGUUUCAGAAUACGAUAUAACGUUUACUGUUACUGACAGGGGAAUUCCUCAGUUAUCUGAUAAUGAAACUCUUACUCUAGAACUGCUGGACGUUAACGAUAACGUUCCAAAGUUUCCAGAAACGUUUUAUACAAUAAAAGUUGAAGAAAAUAAUGUACCUGGUGCUUUGGUAGGUUCCAUAACAGCCAUUGACCCAGAUCUCCAUGAAAAUCAAUAUCUAGUGUAUUUUAUAGUUGAAAAAGAAGUAGUGAACACUUCAAUGUCGAUGCUGUUCUCUAUUAACCCAGAGAACGGUGGACUUAACGCAUUAAAAACUUUUGAUUAUGAGAUAGAAAAAGAGUUCCAGUUUCACAUUGAAGCCAGAGACUCUGGUGUUCCUUCACUCAGUAGUAACGUUACCGUUCACAUUAUUAUCACGGACCAGAAUGACAACACACCAGUUAUAGUGUCACCAUGGCGAGCGCACGGCUCAGUGGUGGAAGAAAGGAUACCAAGAUCCACAGAUAAAGGAACUCUAAUUUCCAAAGUUAUUGCUAUUGACACAGACUCAGUACACAACUCCCGUAUUACCUACCAGUUUCUUCAGAAUACUGAUGCUUCUCUAUUCAGUUUGGACCAGUACAACGGAGAGAUCCGGACUAUGAGGAUGUUCAGUUACAGAGACUCACGCCACCAAAGGCUAGUGGUGAUCGCCAAGGACAACGGAGAACCCUCUCUCUCUGCUACAGUUACCAUCAAACUAUCCACAGUGGAGACUGUACCUAAACCAUAUGCUGAUAUGACGAAGGAGUCAUUAGAAUAUGACUUAUUUUCUGAUUUAAACUUGUAUCUGGUGAUCGGACUGGGAUCUGUGUCCUUUUUGUUACUUAUUACCAUCUUUGUGACCAUCGUACUAAAGUGUCAGAAAACAAAGCACACCAAAGCUGCUCCUCCCAGUAGGAACAGUGUGAUCAGUGAGAGGAACUCUACAAUCGCUGAUUCAACUCUUGUUUCCAAUGAUGCCUACUGGUAUAGCUUGUUUCUAGCUGAAACCAGAAAAGGAAAGCUGGUAGUUAGACAGCCUGUGCCAAAAGGGACAAGGUAUGUUGUGUCCAGCAUUCCAAGGAGCACAGGACUAAGCGAGCCUAGUGACUCAGCUGCAUCCACUCUGCAGUACUCAAAAUGAACGAGAUCUCUUCCCAUGCUGGAGGCAUCCACUACCACCAGCAGCAGCUCUUCAUGAGGCCCCUUACACCUCUGUUUGCUCAAAGGAUGUUGAGAGGAGCCUGUUUUAUGUCAGUGGUGGACGUACAUCACGCCUGCUAAUCUACCCUACAAUAUGGAUUCAGAAAUCACAUCUUUUUAAAAAUUCUUAAUAAUUGCAUAUGUAAUUAUGUAUAUUCCCAUGGCUUUUUCGCAUUAAUGCUAGUAAUCUAAGAUGCACAGACUCAUCUUCAGAGCUGCCAGUAUGUUGCAAAAACCUACAUCAUAAUGCAUGGAUCUGCACGAGGAUAAUCAUAAUUUUGCUUAUUUUUAUUGGACAUUAAUGGACUUAUAAGUGCCAGAACCUUACAUCAAGCACAAAAAAUGUUUACUAAGAAUUGUAGUGUACUUGUGGAUGUUUCUCUCUUUUCUCUCAUCUUUACCUUUAAGUGUUCACUGGAUCCAUAUUAAGAAAUGUAUAAGCAGCAAGUGUGGCAAGGGGGUAUCAACAAAUGCACUUCAGUAUAUACAUGUAAAAAGGUUGUGUGAUACUCUUUUGUGUUGUACCCUAUUUGUGUUGCUUUUUUGUAUCAAUCCCUUUUUUCAAGUAAGAUGUGGUUAUGUUUUACAUAUAUUUUUAUUUACCAUACUUUUGUAGACAUUUUUAUUUACAUUUUCGUGGACAUUUUAUUGCAUCACCAAAAAGUUAACCUUGAAGGAAAAUUUCACUUCUUCUAGGUGCCCUGCUUACUGACCAAUAUGUAAUUACUGAUGACCAAUGCAAAUAAGACAAAUUAAUGUUCUAAUUUUUAGCUGUGGCCGUUUUAAAUAUGACAAAUUUGAAUAGGUGCACUAUUGGUUGCACCGAAAACACUGACUUCUAGGCAAAAAUACAUCUUGGGCAGGGAGGCAAUCAAUUAUUGGUUGUGAAAUGUAAUUGGUGUUUUUAAACAUCUAGAUUCCCCCUAUGCUUUUUUGGCUGUUUAAAACUGUUUCAGUGUUUUCAUGAAUUACUUUAAUAGUGUUUAUUUAAAUAAUUAUAUAGGUGGUGUUGUUUGUUUGGUUAUGUUGACUGAACCAUACUAAUUUCUAAUUUUAUACAUUUAUUAAUUUAUUUAAUAAUCUUCUGGGUAACAGUGGAUGGACACUCGACCUGUACAUCCUGCCUUUUUCCCAAUUAACUGGACCCACCGAAAACACUGACUUCUAGGCAAAAAUACAUCUUGGGCAGGGCGGCAAUCAAUUAUUGGUUGUGAAAUGUAAUUGGUGUUUUUAAACAUCUAGAUUCCCCCUAUGCUUUUUCGGCUGUUUAAAACUGUUUCAGUGUUUUCAUGAAUUACUUUAAUAGUGUUUAUUUAAAUAAUUAUAUAGGUGGUGUAAUCUUUAGAUGGUUAUGUUAAACAUUAGUAAUAUGUACAUUUUUUAUUUAGUAACUGGUGUACAUGGUUAGAAAUAACAAAUUCAAUGUGAAUAGUACAGUAACUUCUUUUUGCAAAAUUUACAGUAUAAAAUAUAUGUAUAUGCACACAACAUUCUGAUGUUUCUCCCUGUGCAAAUCAUGACUAUGUGGCCACUGGCAUAUUUCAAACCACAUGAGAGAUGUGGCUGAACUCAACUGUUUAAAAUGCCAAUUUAUAGCACCGGUUGGAUGGAAUUUUAAAAAAUCUCUUUACUAAAACUUAUUUCAGUGUUCUUAAUGAGUUGAUGCUAGCUCUCAGAGAUACAGCUUUCAUUUGGUCUCAGCACAUGUUUUGCCUGGGAGAAACUUAGUGUAACAUUCCAACCUGUCUUUUGCCAUACAUAUGUGCAUAUUGAAUAGUAGCUGUCUGUGACCUGUCUAUUUGUGUGGAAAAUAUUCACAUACAAUAAGUAUUCUUUGUGUUGACAAAAUAUCUGAAUCUUCUGUAUUUUGCAAUUUCUGACCAUAUAAUGUAUAAAAUUAGCUUACAGUCUGUUGUAUCAAAUGGGACAGUGAUAAUAAUAUUGUAAAAUCAAGAUCGGAAUAGUGACUGCCCGAACAUCUGGGAUAUUGCAUUCAAAUGACAUGAAAGAUUAAAUGUAAUAUAAUACAACAAUA